CUCUUACCUACGGAAACUGGUCUCUGCUUUUUCUUUUUUCUUUUUUCUUUUUUUUUCCCCUCACAAAUCAAGAAAAACCCUAACCCUAAAAUACCCUUAUUUUCUAAUCAAGGAAGAUGUUAAAUGUGAUUUUUUCAGCUGAUGCUACUGUUUAUGUCUUCAUUACACCUUGAUUCGACGCCGCCGCUAUAAAUUGCUGGCUUACUUGGAUGCACCAGAAGAUUCCCAUCCAUUCGUUCAAUAGCUUAUGAAAUGAAGCGAAGGACCAAUGAGGUACCUAGGAGUUCCAGAGGUUUGCAGGGUGAGGGCCCUAACUGGGUCCUUAUCGCAGGCGGUGCUCUGUUGAGUACAUUAUCAGUUCGUCUGGGUUAUAAGCUAAAGCAGGUCCUUGACGCCAAACGACCAGAAACUAGCAGCAACCUUUUAAAAGGAAGUGGAAAAUUUACUGACGAGAAGAAGUCAAGGAACAGCCAUUUGCAUUCAAAUUCUUAUUGUUUUCCUCGAGAUGGGCAUGGUUGCCACAAAUGUUAUUCAGGAUCUCGAAACAUGGUGGAAAUCAAACAACAGUGCAAUGGCCAAAUAGUUACCGAACCUGAAAUAGCACUUCCUUUAGUCACUGUGCCUGCUUCUGAGUUUAGCAAAGAGAAUGGUGCAAUCUGGGCAUCUUCUCCUGAUCGUCUUGAGCUGCUUCAGAAGCCAUUCCACCAGUCAAACAGCUCUGACUCACCAUGUGUCUCAGAAUCUGGUUCUGAUAUUUUCAGCAAGCGAGAAGUGAUACAAAAGUUGAGACGGCAGUUAAAGAGAAGAGAUGACAUGAUAUUGGAAAUGCAGGAUCAAAUUACGGAACUUCAGAACUCUCUUGGUGCUCAGCUUUCGCAUUCUUCCCAUCUCCAAUCACUGCUGGAUGCUGCUAACAGGGAUAUAUUCGAUUCAGAGAGGGAAAUACAGAGAUUAAGAAAGGCAAUUGCUGAUCAUUGCGUGGGGCAUGUGGAUUCUAGUGACAAUCCCCCUAUGGUUCCAGCGUGGCCAACCGGAGGCAGGAAUGGCCAUUCAAAUGGGUAUCUUAAAGUUGAAAGUAAUGUGGAGUCCUCAGAAAAUGGGGGAGGAGAUGAGGGAAAGAUUGAGAUGUUGAGACGGGAAGUGAGCGAGUUAAAGGAAGUGGUAGAGGGAAAAGAAUACCUGUUGCAGAGCUACAAGGGGCAAAAGGCUGAGCUAUCAGAAAAGAUCAAAGAGUUGCAGCAGAGAUUGGAUUCUCAACUUCCACAUAUUUUGUAGACAGUAUUGGCUUCUUGUGCAUUCUUGUUUUGCUUCAUUCUUGUGUUUCUCUGCUUUAUUAUCCUAUCUGAAGCUCCCAAUUUUGGAGUAGCUCUUUUGUUCCUUCCAUUGACCUUUUUUUUCUUUUUCUUUUUUUUUUUCUUUUUUUUUUUUCUUUUCUGCUUCUUUUUGUGCAUAUGUGAAAAAGAGAGAUGUUCAGAAGUUUGUAGAGGUCAAAGAAACCCGGGUGAAACGAUGUUUUGUACUUCGAAUGCAUUCAGUAUUCAACUUGCAAUUUUAAAUGUAUCUGUACAAAAAGGGGUUGCAAUCUUGCUGUUUCCAAAUGAUUUCAGCAUAAUAAACAAUGUUCAAGGGGAAAGAAACUGUGUAUAUUAUGGAAAACUAACAUUGUUUCAUGA